GGAGAGAGUACAAUAUAGGGUGGUACAGCUGUAACAUGCUUGUUCUCAACAUUGUAAUACCUGGGUUUAAUUCCCGAUUCCCGACAGUCACACGUGACAUAGCUUAAGAUAGGUAUUCCUGAAACAGUGGCCCUGAAAAUGGUGUUAACCAGUGUGACCUCACCUAACACCGUAGGUUAUCUCUGGAUGUUUCGGUGUCCUCGUGUGCUAACGCUGAACUAAUCUGACUGACUAGGAAGCUGAAAAGUGUAAUUCAUCAACAACACAUCAAGACGACCUCACACACCAGCGACCACAACGCCAUGACGGAUACGUCAGGAACUAUAAACAGAGGGAAUGUUGAGGAUGCUCAUACCACCGCUCGGGGCGCUGGCGGCGAUGAAAACAAGGAGUCUGAAGAAUCCUGGGAACUCCGCCCGCCAGAUGGAGGAUGGGGGUGGAUGGUAGUACUAGGAUGCUUCUUAAUAACCGUACUGAUCCCCAUGUUAGCGCCCUGUUUUGGGAUCUUGUUCGCGGGGCUGUUGGGGCAGACAGGGACGUCGUCAACAGAGGUGGCGUGGAUCUUCAACACCUUCAUGCUGGUGUGGAAGUUGAUGGUGCUGGUGGUAGGCCCCAUGGGUGAAGAGGUGGGUAUCAGGAAGGUGGCCUUCACGGGGACACUUCUGGCUGCCGUCGCCGUUAUGCUGUGUUCAUUAGCCAAUUCCACCGUCUCUCUCUUUUUCCUGUUCUCCAUCGCUGGAGGUAUAGGCGGCGGGCUGAGUGUGGGCGCCUGCUUCCCGACCUUGGCCAAGUAUUUCGAUCGUCAUCGAGGCCUGGCCAACGCCUUCCUCAUGGCCGGCAUCAGCGCGGGACAGUUCAUCAACGCCCCUCUAAUUCGCUACCUACAAGACGAGUAUACAUACAAGGGCGCCUCGCUCAUAGUGGGCGCCAUUAUUCUGCACGCCUGUUUGGGGGCCGCCCUCAUGCAGCCAGUGGAAUGGCACAUGAAGAGGGUUCGCUGUACGGUGCCACCUGAAGGAGCUCACCCACUCCUAUCACAGCCAUCAUCCAGCCGAGGGGAGGGUGUAGGUGAGCAGGACUCUGGUGUAUCACUAGACAGUAAUCAAGAGAAUGCUGUGUCUGUGGACGCCGCGACUCCAAGACGGCCUUCGGAUGUCCACUUAAUAAACAACUCCCACCCGUCUCUCCCGUCUUGCAAACACUCCACCCUCACCCUCGCCUCCAUGGACUCGGAGAACCUUGCUGCCAUCACCUCCACCGAUGAAUGUAUCCAAGAAGACGAGGAAGCCGAGAAAGACUGCUGUGUGCGUGCCGUGUGGAGUUUGGUGGUGCGCGUAGUGACCAACAGUUUGUGUGACUUGAAAAUCUUAAGGUCGCCUCGUGCACUCAUCAUAGCUCUCAUAGGUGCUCUCACCCUCAACAGUCACUUCAACAUCAUUAUGCUGGUGCCCUUCGCUAUGAAGGCAGCAGGUCACUCCUUGUCAGCGGCCGCCUGGUGUGUGUCUGUGUCCGCCGUCACCAACACCAUCAGCCGCAUCUUGGUGUCCACGCUCUCCGACUACUCCUGGUUCAGUAUCAAAUAUUUCUACAUGAGCGGCAUCUUUGUCCUCUUUUCCGCUACAAUAGUAUGGAGUUUGAUACUAAAGGGGGAGCUAGUAUGGUUAGUGGUGACGAUGGGGGUGUGGGGGAUCGGCGUGGGGAUAAUCAUGGGUCUACACAACAUAGCCAUGGUGGAGUACUUGGGUUUGGACAACUUGAGGGCCAUGUUCGGCACAAACAGCGCCAUGGUCGGCAUCGGCUUCAUCAUCAUCGGACCUUUAGCUGGUGUGAUACGGGACGUGAGUAAAAGCUACGCCAUCAGUUUGUGGUUCCUUGCAGCCAUCAUAUUCAUCACCUUCCUGCUGUGGGUCGCUAUGCCUGCUGCCGUUGCCUAUGACAGGAGGAGAGAAGCAGAGUUACAGAGCGACAAGGAGCUACAGCCGGCAUUAUCUGGGUAAACAAUACUCCUAACGUCAUCCACAAAAUCAAAAAACAAUUGAAUCUCGCAUUUUGUAGAUCUUGUUCUGUUACAGUAGGCUGAGAGACUGGAGUAAAAGGGAAAAUAUGAAUAGGCCUAUGGAAGAAAUAUGUAAGAAAAAAAUACUAACAUGCAAAGAUUCAUUUUAAGUUAUAAUAAUUCAAAAUGUAAUUCAUGUGAUUUUAUCAAAACAAGAAUUCUAAUUACAGUUUCAUCUUGAAUAUUAUAAUACAUGUAUCAUAAAAUUGGUUACUUAAUUCUACACUUGGUAUAAAUACGGGUCUGCACUCGAUAUCUGGGAACGAAGAUAUGAAUAGACUUUCGGAGGUUCAUGUGUACUGUACUUACCCACUGAACUACUACUGGCAUCGUGUUAUUAGUACAUUUAUUUACCCUCAUAUAGCUUAAGGCAACGAUGAUCACCAACAUAUCCUGAUAAUGCUUUUAACAGCCCAAACCUAUAGCUAUUAUUGUUAUUCAUUACAACAGUUACUAAAACACCACAAGUGUAGCUGUUUUUACUAGCUCUAUAGUACCAUGCUCCCUCUAGUGUAGCUACUGUACCACCAUAGGUAGUAAAUGAUACCUGUACUGCAAGAUUAUAAGUAUACUGUAUAAGAUAUCCAGUUUAUCAAUUCAGGUGAUAUCUCUUGGGUAAUAACAGCUAUCAAGUAUAUAGGUGUGGUAGAGGUUCUAUUGAUAUAUAAAAAGAUACAAGUGCUUUUAGCUGUGUUAGUUGUGUACGUGGUUGUAACACAAUCACUGUCAUGAAGAUCAAUAAUUCCUGGUGUUACCCUACCAAUGUGUGUUGUGACGCCGCCCUUACUGUACUGCUUACAUCUGUUACAGCGUAUGAAACCAAAGAAUAAUGUAACGUAGAAAUGAUUAGCGUACUUGGGUGUACUGAAUCCAUAUCAUGAAGCAAUAAAGUAAACCCGCGUAUAUUGUGGGCAAACAUCCUUGAUAUAAAGUAUUUAAUAUGUGUAUAAAAAGUAUUAUAUUUGGUUUACUGUAUUAAAUUUUCUACGCCCAGAUUAACUAAUAAAGAUUAUGUCGUA